UAGGCAAAGCGCUGGUGUCUGCGGAACAACAGAGAAAACAGGAAGCUGACAGAGACACCAAGUGUCAGCACUAGGGUCCAGUUCUACCUUCCUGCCAAAACAGUUCUCUAUAAUAGAGACUCAGGUGGAGUUGUACAGAAAUGAGGAGGUCUUAAGACAUAAUCACGUAAAUGAAAUCUGUUGUGCCGUGGAAUGCAAGAGGAGUUAUAAAAAAUAAGUCCAAAGUAGGAUUAUUUUGACUUGAACACUACAAGGGCUGUAGUGACAAAGGUAGCAGCUGAAAACUGACUCCAAUAGUAAAGUGACUGGCGUAACUAAAGUAACAGAAGAACAACUGUAGGCCCUUUCUCCUGUGAAAUUAAAGAUGUUACAGUCCUUAAUGAGAAAGUUGCUAUACAAACCCAAGAAGUCAGACCCAAGGCCUCUGGCUCAAUUUUACUACAUAGAUGAGGAAUUGGUCCGUGUGACAGCAGAACUGACUUGUGCAGAUAUUCGGAAAGAUCCUCAACAGUAUCUGGUGCUGCUAAGCCAACUCCGUACAAGCCAGGACCGCAUGUUGAGGAUUAUUGAGCAGAUCACUGAAGACUGCAUUCCCAGUGAGAGAGAGAGUCGUGACUAUCUAGUGAAAUUCCCCGACGAGAUUCUUCAGGAAAACAUUGGAGUUCAGCUGUUGUUUGCAGCUGAGUGUAUGUCUGAAAGCUCCUUCAUUGAUGUUCAUGACCCUGAAGCAGAGGCCUUACAACCUCAGGCAAAACAACUGCUUCGCUCACUGCAAACUGUACGGAAACUGCUGAGAGCACAGAGUUUGACGGACCCUGGCGAAUAUAACACUCAGAUCCGAUAUGCACUUAUACAGUUCGACAAGGCAUUUACAGACUUUGAGCUGAGCUACAUUUCUUCAGUUGUUUCUCUGAAGUCCCCUGAGGAGCUGUACAAACAACAGGAAAUUGUGGUACUUUUCUGUGAAACCGUUGCCAGAGCGUUAAAUCUAAGCUAUCUGAGCCAGGAAAUGAUCGAUGGAUAUGAACCCCAGCUGAUGUUUGCUAUUCCUCGUCUAGCUAUGAUUUGUGGAUUACUUAUCUUCCCUGAUGGUCCCCUCAACCUUCAGCAGAGUCCAGAGGAGAUGUCCAAGUUAUUUAGUCCCUUCUUUUCAGUGCUGCAGAAAAUCAGGGAUCUCCUGUAUGUUCUCACAGAAGACGAGCUUUAUAUCCUAGAGAAGAAUCUGUGCUCUGCAGAAUUUGAAGACAACUUCUCCUUGCAGGCUGGUAGUCAAAGUACUACUGUAUCUGCAAAUGUUACCACAGCCUUUUCUUCCCCUAAUGGGAAAGUUCAGACUACAUCAUGUACAACAGUACAUAAUAAAGAAUUUCAGCCUCAGCAAAACAACUGUACUUCUGAGCAGCUGGCCUGCACUAAUGAUGUCAACAAGACCUCCCGCACAUCACCACAUACAGCACUUUCAACCAGUAUGAAGGAACACACUUUUGUAAUAAAUGAAGGAGCUUCACUGACUGAAGGUAGUAUAACCAGCACCAGUGGAAAUGAAGCAAACAAAAAGAAUCAGAAGUUUGAUAUGGACAAAAGUACUUAUUUCAGAAAUACAGAAGACCAUAACUGCACUGAUUUGGAAAUAAUUAAGCGAGCUGUUCAAAUUGCAAGGCGGGUAGCACGACAAGAAAUUCGAUCAAGGUACCGCAGCAGCAGUGAUAUGAUACACAGGCUCUUUGUCUGCAUUUCAGGAGUUGCUGAUCAGUUGCAGACCAAUUUUGCCAGUGAUAUGCGGAGUAUUUUAAAAACUGUUUUUGAAACAAUAUCAUCAAAACCUGAUUGCCAAGAGAAUGAAGAAGUGGAAGAGGAGGAGGAAGAAGAAUGUGAACAAGAUGAAUAUAUGUCAGAGUCUGGUAUACGCCUGGAAGACUGUGCUUUAUGUCAGGAGCUGUAUGCUCAGGCAUCUCAAGCUGGUAACUACAACAGAAGACAACAUGAAGGUCUACCAGAGUGGAUCCCAGACAGUGCCAGUAGUCAUUGCAUGUCCUGCAAAGCAGCUUUCACUUUGCUUCGCAGACGCCACCAUUGUCGUAACUGUGGAAAGAUUUUUUGUUCUCAGUGCUCCAGGCACAUGACUCAUCUUCCUCAGUAUGGUCUGAUGAAACUGGUUCGUGUCUGUACUCACUGUUACACCUUCAUGUCAUACCUCACUCUGAAGAUGCCUCCAGACUUUGAUAUGCUGCAAGGAGCUUUAUUUCCAUCUUUACAGACCUACACUACAAAAAAACAUAAGAGAAAGUCUUAAAUACCCUGUGAAGAAUAUUAAGCGACCAUUCACAUGUGGAACGUGGACAGGGAGAUGUUUUUUUUCUACUCUGUCUUUCAAAUUUAAUAGAUAAUGCUUCCCUAUCUUCUUGCUGUAAUAUAUGUGGAAAGGCUUCUGCUCAUGUCUCUCUCUGUUAUGGAUCCUGUUUUAAAUCAGGAGCAGGAGGGAGGUUGGAGGAGAAUAGAUCAUAAAGAUUAACAGAUGAAUUCAAAAGAUGUUUUUAAUGUGAUCAGCUGGCAAUUGUGUAUUUUUUUCAAUUGAGUGUUGCUAAAAUUUCAUUUUUAAAAACUUUAAGAACAGGGAGAAGUAGUGGUUAUUUUCAGAAUACUCAUAGAAAAAGAGAGGGGCUAAAUUCAGUGGGAGGGAAUCCCAGUUUUCUUUCUAAACAGAUAAUUAAGAUAAGCUGAGAAUAGUAAGUAAUGCAAGCAACACAGCCCUCCAGAGUUAACUGGCUGAGAAGUGAAUUUCAGAUUGCAUAAUUACCUAUGAUCUUAUAAGCGUCAAUAUGGAAUGCAAGUAAGGAGCAGAUUACUUAGCAAGAUUAUUUUUUUUUUAUUUUUAUUUUAUUUUAACAUUUGUUAACUGGGAUGAGUCCGACUUGGUGGGGGCCCUUUUUCAGCGGAGGCCUGGGGAGAAAAUAUCCAUACACAAAAAAUUAAAUAGAAAUGUCCAUAUGCCUGAACAUGUAAAGGAUCAGACCCCUAACAAGUUAACUAGAGAUCACUGUCAUAGCAUAUAGUAAUAGUACCAUUUCUUAUUUCAUUUCAUGGCAACCUUUAGCCCUAUCCAUGAGCAGUUCCAGGCAUCCAGUUACAUUGAUGUUGUGGUUACAUCCAGUAAAUGCAGUGCUCAGUAGUUACAGACCCUCAAUAUGUGCAUCAUAUAUGGUAAACUAUUGUGUAGUUAGGUUCAGUCUGGCUGCAGCCCAUUCACAGGCCAUUGUAUGGUGGCUGACCCACUGUGUUGUUAUGUUUGCAGUAUAAAUACAUGGGCUGUACUAAUUGUCUUACUGAAGAUACAACCCAGUAGGUAGCAGCUAUGCAGUUAGGUUCAUUAUGUUGAGAAUCUUUAGGUAAGCCAUGUUACAGUUAAUUUCCCGAUGUGGGCAUACCAUUUUAGAUGGGACUUUGUGCAGUCGUUCCCUCUACUGUAGACAUAGCACACUCGGUGCACUACUAUACAAUUCUUUAACCAUUAUGGGCACAGCCUAUAAGGUGGACUGAUGUUCAUUUAAAAUUACAAGCAAUGUCACAUAUUUCAGUUCUUAAAAAGUCCCUGUGUACUGUAGGGAAAAGGAAAUCUUAACGUUUUGCCCAAUGAUAUUUUACGGAUGAAAGUAUUAUUAUUAGUGAAGGUCUGUAAUAAACAAACAAUAAACACAUUAUCACACUA